AUGACGGGGUCUAAUGAAUGUUUUGGGGGAGUAGACGAACAAUCACGUUCCAGGGGGCAAUUCAAUAUGGACAGUAAUUCCAUAUAUAGAAGUGAUAGUAUGAGCAGCCACAGGGCACCACCUCAGACAGUUGAAGCCGUCACAUGCGGAAAUGAUGAUCGCGUUGAAUGUAGAGAGGCCACCGUAGAGGGAGCUACCGCAGAACAUGAUACUAAUAGUGAUGGCCAUCCGUAUCGAGGCUACAUGAUUAUUCUUGCCGGCUUUGCGGCAAAUUUUGUGGUAUUUGGGUUUGCUUUCACCUAUGGUGUCUUUCAGGAUUUCUAUUUGAGUGCCGACGGACCUCUCCAUGGAAAAUCCCCCUCAUCGGUCUCUAUCAUCGGAACGUUGGCAACCGGCUUGACAUAUCUACUCACAUUUAUGAACAAUGCAGUUCUACGGUAUCUGUCCAUACGGCAAGUUAUGAUUGCCGGCAGUCUGUUGAUGUCCAUGGGGCUCGUCUGUGCGUCAUUUGCGAGUGAAAUCUGGCACUUCGCCCUAACACAAGGUGUAAUGUUUGGUAUUGGAGGAGCCAUGACAUACCUUCCCCCUGUAAUUCACGCUCCGCCUUAUUUCAAAACGCACAGAGGAACGGCUAUGGGGCUGCUAUUCUCUGGGACAGGUAUUGGUGGCUUGGUUCUAGCACCCCUCACAAGGUUUCUGAUAACAAGAAUUGGUUGGAAUUGGGCCCUUAGAGUUUGUGGAAUGAUUUCGUUUAUAUUUCUGGUACCUACGAGUCUUUUAGUCCAUCCACAUCAGAGCACCCUUUCUGUACAUGAAAGUGACAAAUUAAGAAUCAUACCGCUUAAUUCAAAGUUGUUCACAAAUAGGAAAUUUAUCAUUCAUAUGGCUGGCGCAGCAUUUCAAUCGGCUGGUUAUCUGAUACCGGGCUACUAUAUGUCUUCCUUUGGCCAAACAUUGGGUUUUAGCUACAAUGAAGGUUCCGUUCUUAUAGGAAUCAAUAAUGCGGUUAAUGCAGCCUCAAAAAUAGUUGUGGGAUACUCAUCCGAUAAGUUUGGCCGCUUCAAUAUGCUCGUUUUAUGCUGUGUCUUGAGUUCCUUGACUGUUUUGGGUCUUUGGCUUACGUCUACGCGAGGCACGUUCAUUAGCUUCGUAGUUCUCUAUGGUGCCGUAUCGGGGCCAAUAAUUUCACUGUUGCCAACAUGCUUGGUUGAAUUGUUUGGCUUACAGAACUAUCAGUCAUCAACGUGGUUUCUCUAUUUUUGCCGAGGGGCUGGGACAUUUCUAGGAUCACCGAUAGCUGGGCUCUUCAUUCGAAAUGGUGCCCUUGUUCCCCGCGAUUACAGGAACACAAUUCUGUAUAAUGCAGCACUUUUCCUGGCCAACAGUUCAUGUUUUAUCUUUGUGCGUACCUUGGUGGCAUUGGACAAUAACUGGAAGUUGAAACAGUAG